GAAUGAGAGGAUGAAGAGGACAAACUGAGGAAGAGGAGGGAUGAAGAAGCUGGCUGGAAAUGCUAACGGGACGGCUAGCUGCUAAGAGGAGCGGCUUAAGGCAUGGCGUGGCUGCUCCAGAGUCGUGGCUCUCCCAGGUUGGUGCUGGUGGUGGUCUGCGUUGCUCUGCUGCUCGACAACAUGCUGCUCACCGUCGUCGUUCCCAUCAUCCCAACCUUCCUGUACGCCAUGGAGCAUCCGGAACCACAGACCGUCCCGGACGCCGCGCCCUCCCGGACCUCCAGCAGCAGAACAGCCACCCCGGGUCCAGAGGCGCAGCAGAACCCCCGGCCACCCCCGAUGGUGUCUUUAUUUAACAAUGUGACCUUUGACCUGCAGGAGAGCCGAGCUGAGGCUGCUGCAGAGCUGCUGCUGGCCAACCAGACCUCCAACAUGUCGGACUCCUCUUGUCUUCAGGACAGUGUUUUCCUGGAGAAGGAAAAUGUCCGGGUUGGUUUGUUGUUUGCCUCUAAAGCUUUGGUCCAGCUGCUGGUCAACCCGUUUGUUGGUCCGCUCACCAACAGGAUCGGUUACCACAUCCCGAUGUUCGCAGGAUUCAUCAUCAUGUUUGUUUCCACCAUCAUGUUUGCUUUCUCAGGGACGUACGUUCUGCUGUUCUUCGCCCGCUCGCUGCAGGGAAUCGGCUCGUCCUUCUCGUCUGUUGCGGGUCUGGGGAUGUUGGCCAGCGUCUACACCGACGAUGACGAGCGAGGCGUGGCGAUGGGCGUCGCCCUGGGAGGGCUCGCCAUGGGAGUCCUGAGUGCGACACACACACACACACACGCACACACACACACACACUGCAACCAGGUGUAUGUUCCACUGUGUCAUGUCCGCCUCUGUGUUUCAGUCGGAGCGCCGUUUGGCAGCGUGAUGUAUGACUUUGUGGGGAAGAGCGCCCCCUUCCUGAUCCUGGCCUUCCUGGCUAUGUUUGACGGAGCGUUGCAGCUGUGCAUCCUGCAGCCCUCUAAGAUCUGCCCUGGGAGCGUGGAGGGAACACCGCUACUGACCCUGCUGAAAGACCCGUACAUCCUGAUUAGCGCAGGGUCUCUGUGCUUCGCCAACAUGGGCGUGGCCAUCCUGGAGCCCACGCUGCCCAUCUGGAUGAUGCAGACCAUGUGUUCCCCCAAGUGGCAGCUCGGAAUGGCCUUCCUCCCGGCCAGCGUUUCCUACCUGAUUGGAACCAACCUGUUCGGACUUCUGGCCAACAAGAUGGGACGGUGGCUCUGCUCCAUGGUGGGAAUGUUCGUCGUCGGAGUCAGCCUGCUGUGUGUUCCCUUCGCCACCAGUAUCUACGGUCUGAUUGGUCCAAACGGCGGCCUGGGCUUCGCUAUCGGGAUGGUGGACUCCUCCAUGAUGGCCAUCAUGGCGUACCUGGUGGACAUCCGCCACGCCUCAGUGUACGGCAGCGUGUACGCCAUCGCCGACGUGGCGCUCUGCAUGGGCUUCGCCAUCGGCCCGUCCACCGGGGGCGCUCUGGUCCAGGCGGUGGGCUUCCCCUGUCUCAUGGUGUUCAUCGGGGUGAUCAACAUCCUGUACGCACCGCUCUGCUUCCUGCUGAGAAACCCGGCUGUUCGGGAGGAGAAGAUGGCGAUCAUCGACCAGGAGUGUGUGAUGCACAGGAAAAGCUACAACACGACCAGAGACAGCCGCGAGUUUCCUCUCAGCGACUGGAGUGAAGAAGAAGAUGAAGAGGAAACGGAGGAGUGAGACGCUCGCGUCCCGCCGUGGCGUCUCCCAAAGACACGUCUUCCCACUUCCUGUCCAGAGACAGGCCGGCUCGGUUCCAGCUGGAGGACAACCUGCAGGGUGUGAAUACUUUAAAGACGCCUCAGUGGCUUCAGCUGCAGUCGCUGCUGGUUCCUCAUGUUGUUCUGUGUUUGUGCAAAAAUAACAGGACGC